UUCUGUUAGUACCCGUCAGUAACCCAAUGCAACAAGCUUUGCAGAAUGGAAAGUCUGUGCACCUUGAGUCAAACUGGUUGUGUGCAGAAGCUGAAUCUGCAAAUAUCCUACCUUCUAAUGGUUGGCCAGUUAAUGGUGCAAGGUUUAAUGCUUUUUAUAUUGAUGGGGAUGACAGAGAUGAUAAAAGAUUACGUCACUGUGAUUCUGGAAAACAGACGAGAAAAUGAGGGUCAGCUUGAAAAGGAGUCUACUUGGGGGUUAUUCCAAUUUCAACAGUUUGAGCUUACUUGCAAUGGAAACCUUUUAAGUAAAAACCCAAUGGUGGCAAACAAUGGUUUUCUAGGUCUGAUGAACAAACCUGGUGACUCAAACAGCAUACCUUGUUUUGAUUUUUCUUCAGUUGAUGACCCUUGUAAGGUUUAUGUCAAAAGGCUAGCUUCUGGGGUUACACAUGAAUUUCCUGAGAAUACCACUUCCGUGACAAAUGGUACUGGUAAUCAGGAUGAUUAAACAAGGCUAUGGAGGAGAUGUUCUCUUGAUUGACAAUUCAAAAGGUUCUCAUGCUGUUCCAACUUCGGAGUUAAAGAACGAAAACUAGGAUGUCAUUUCAACAACUGUUUCUGGUGGAAGUUAUUGGGAGAGUUUGCUUGGUAGUUCUAGCACCCCUUAUAGCAGUAUGAAUGGUGAGAUAAAACUGAAUACAUCGUCCUCAUUUGAGAUACCUCUUGACUUUGUAAUUGACAAAAUGCCUACUGCUGGAAAUCUUGCUUCAGUAUCCUUUCUCAUAUUCUACCAGAUGUAGAGGAAAGAUGACCAUAUUUUCCAAUUA